ACCACCAAAUACCGCGUAAUCUUCUUGAAUGCUGAAGACCAAAAAUCCCAUCACAAACAAACGAAACUUCUCUACCUUCUCUCCUCUAUCUCUGUGCUGCACUUCUUCUCCUCUAUCUUCCUUAUCUUUUUCUUCUUUGGUUGUAUUAGGCAAACAGAAAUGAUGGUAAUUACCGUACUCCUAUUAGCUCUUCUAUUUCUUGCUGGCUUCCUUUAUAUAUUCUUUCAUUUUCCCACCAAGAAGUUGUUUGCAUGGUUGAAACACAGUACUCCACCCGACAAAAAUCCUACAGCUAUUUCCACCGCAUCUUCAAACUCGGACAACAAGCCUGAGCUGAAGAAGAUAUUCGCUACCUUCGACAAAAACGGCGACGGAUUCAUAACAAAGCAGGAGCUGAGGGAGUCACUGAAGAACCUCAGAAUCCUCAUGACAGAGAAGGAGGUUGAAGAAAUGGUCGUCAAAGUGGAUGCCAACGGAGAUGGGUUGAUCGAGUUUGAAGAAUUCUGCAUGUUGUGCGAGUCGAUGGCUGGUGAAGGGGGCGGCGGCGCAGAGGGCGUCGGAAAGGAAGGCGGCGGAGAGGAGGAGAAUUUGAAGGAGGCUUUUGAUGUGUUUGAUAAAGAUAGGGAUGGGUUGAUUACAGUGGAGGAGCUGGGUGUGAUUUUGUGUGCCUUGGGGUUGAAGGAAGGGAAGAAAGUUGAGGAUUGCAAGGAGAUGAUUAGGAAGGUUGACAGGGAUGGGGAUGGAAUGGUUAAUUUUGAUGAGUUCAAGAGCAUGAUGAAAGGUGGUGGAACCCUUCUUUUAGCCCACUAAUUCUCUCUAAUUAAGUUUAAUUUCUCCAAACCCUUGCUAGCUAGUUUCUAGUUCUAAACGACAACGAAGCGUGCGUUUCAUUCUCCAGUACCCAAUUUCUCGAUAAGCUGUUCAUUUAUUUCCAUCUCACAUAUGUAUAUGGAGAAGAAAGCUGUACAUGUACUUAGAGCUUCAACUAGUGUGUAUUUAUCUUAUUUACCCGAAAAAACAAGAAAUAUGCAUAAUCUAUGAACCUUUUCUUUUUUUCA